AGUCAGUCAUCUUCAAAGCAGUUCUCAGUGUGAGAAAUGCCAGCCGAGAGGUCAAUCACCCCCACGACUACGGAGUCGGUGGACGAGUACUCCAAGAUGAAGCUGCUUUACUUUAGCAACGAGUUUCCUCACGAUGACUUGGCUUCAUUAACUCGCCACUUGCACCAGUUCAGCAAGCAGCGCCGGUAUCCUGUACUUGCUCGAUUUCUCUUCGAGGCGACCGAAGCAAUUCGAGCAGAAGUACGACUCCUUCCAACAUCCCUCCGCUCCGUUGUACCGCCAUUCAGUGUCAUACUCGACUUUGUGGACCAUGCCGACCUCCGCAAAGGACCCCUUGCGGCAUCCAUAGAUGGUGUGCUUCUUAUUGCGGUCCAGCUGGGCACACUAAUCAAGCACUACGAGGACCACCCAGAGAAAUUUGACUUCAACGCUGCCAAUACGGCUCUCGCAGGUCUGGGCCUUGGGUUGCUCGCCACACCGGCCGUGUCGUUGUCUACCAGCGUUUCGGACCUCGCCGUCCCUGGCGCUGAAGUUGUUCGUCUCGCUUUCCGCCUCGGGGUCUUGGUGAAUCGCAAAUCACAGAACCUUGAGCCUCAAGACCCAGCAUCCCCUCCCGAUUCCUGGGCCUCGGUCGUCGCCGACGUGGCGGUCGACGAUGUGCAGAGUGAGCUUGACAGCUUUCACGACAAGAAUAAAACCCCUGGCACCAGCAAAGUCUUCAUCAGCGCCUACAACCGCAGCUCUGUGACCGUCAGCGGGCCCCCAUCCAGACUCAGGUGCCUUUUCCGUGUCUCAGAGUUCUUCCGUGGCCGUAAGAUCAUCAACCUGCCCGUCUACGGAGGGCUGUGCCAUGCGGAACACAUCUACACACAAGAUGACGUGCACGAGAUUGUUGGCGACUCUCCUGCCCUCCAGGAGCUGGACGCCAGAGCUAUAGCCUCCCCAAUCACUAUGCGCGCUCUGGCCCCCUCAACAGGCCAACCCUUCUCCGCCACCAGUGCGCGCCAGUUGUUCGAGCAGAUUUUGACCGAGAUCCUGACCGGCAAGAUCCUCUGGGACACGGCUGUGGAGGCCCUCGUGCAGCAGGUCAACGAGAACCUUUCUUCGGAAUUUGAUGUCCUCGUAUUUCGCAACUCUCUCCCCAUCCAUGAUCUCAUGACGAGAUUUGCCACUGACAGGCCCAACCUGCAUGUCGCGGUGCAAGAGCUCAUUCCUUCCCUUACCGCAACCGUCGAUCCCUCCAACGGCGUCCCUGGAGGCACAAGCAAGGCCAAGAUUGCCAUCGUUGGCAUGUCCUGCAGAAUGCCCGGGGGAGCCACCGAUACCGAGAAGUUUUGGGAGCUUCUCGAGAACGGCUUGGACGUCCACCGCAAGAUCCCUGCGGACCGCUUCGACGUUGAUUCGCAUUACGAUCCAGCCGGGAAAGCGAUAAACGCCAGCCACACUCCCUAUGGGUGUUUUAUCGAUGAGCCCGGCUUGUUCGACGCACCGUUUUUUAACAUGUCGCCCCGGGAAGCAGAGCAAGUAGACCCCAUGCAGCGGCUUGCGCUUCUGACUGCUGCUGAAGCCUUGGAGAGGGCGGGUUACGUGGCUGGAAGAACCCCAUCUUCCAACCUCCACCGCAUCGGGACAUUCUACGGCCAGGCGAGCGACGAUUACCGUGAGGUCAAUACGGCACAGGAAAUUAGUACCUAUUUUAUUCCCGGUGGUUGUCGUGCCUUCGGACCAGGACGUAUUAACUACUUCUUUAAGUUUUCUGGUCCUAGCUACAGUAUUGAUACUGCCUGUUCAUCUAGCCUGGCAACCAUUCAAACAGCCUGCACCUCGCUGUGGAACGGGGAUACAGAUAUGGCUGUGGCUGGCGGCAUGAAUAUUCUCACUAACUCGGACGCCUUCGCCGGCCUCAGCCAUGGCCACUUUCUUACUAAAACGCCGAAUGCGUGUAAGACGUGGGACGCUGAAGCUGAUGGCUACUGCCGUGCUGACGGGAUCGGAUCUAUUGUCAUGAAGCGUCUGGAAGAUGCUAUCGCCGACAACGACAACAUCCUGGGCGUGGUUCUUGGGGCCGCGACGAACCACUCAGCAGAUGCAGUGUCUAUCACACACCCUCACGCCGGCGCGCAAGCCAUACUUACCAAGCAGGUCGCACGCUCAGCCGGGAUCGACCCUCUUGAUGUGAGCUACGUCGAGAUGCACGGAACGGGGACCCAGGCGGGCGAUAAGGAGGAGAUGAAGUCUGUCACUGCCGCCUUCGCCCCGGCAGGGCCGAAGUGGCGCACCUCCCGGCAGCCUCUCUAUGUCGGCGCAGUCAAGUCCAACGUGGGCCAUGGCGAAGCCGUGGCUGGCGUCACGGCAAUGAUCAAGGUGCUGCUGAUGUUCCAGAAAGGAAUGAUCCCACCGCACGUGGGCAUAAAGAGCACUCUCAACCCUGCCCUGCCCCAGGACUUGGUGAAGCGCAAUGUUCGCAUCCCCUUGACAAAGCAGGCGUGGCCAUCAGAGAAAGACCGCAAGCGUAUCGCGGUUGUGAACAACUUUAGCGCAGCCGGUGGCAACACGUCGAUCAUGCUGGAGGAGCCGCCGGUGGCCAAGGCCAUUGCUGCGUCUGAGAGAGACCCCAGGCCGGUGCAUGCUGUGGCAGUGUCGGCCAAGAGCAAGGCCUCGCUCGAGGGCAACAUCCGGCGCCUCGCUGACUACCUCGACACCCACCCUGACAUCUCCCUGGCGGAUCUGGCAUAUACGACGACAGCCCGACGAAGCCACUACAACCAGCGCAUCACGGUCACUGGCUCAGACACCACGCAGAUCCGCAGGAAGCUGACCGAGCUCCUCGGCUCGACCGACUCGCACAAGCCCAUCCCCACCUCCCAGCCUCUGGUAGCCUUUGCCUUUACCGGCCAGGGGGCAUCGCACAAGUCUAUGAACAUGCAGCUCUUCCACCAUGAGCCCACCUUCCGCAAGGAGAUCCUCCACCUCGACUUCCUGGCCCGGGCCCACGGCUUCCCGUCUUUCGUGCCAGUGAUCGAUGGCAGCUAUCCCAAGGACCAUGCGCAUUCUGCCGUCAGCACCCAAAUCGCCCUCGUCGCAGUCGAGAUCGCACUGGCCAAGUACUGGGCCUCUCUCGGUGUCGAGCCCAAUGUCGUGGUCGGCCAUAGCCUCGGGGAGUACGCUGCCUUCUACGUGGCGGGUGUUCUCUCGGCAAGCGAUGCCAUCUAUCUUGCCGGACAGAGGGCCAAGCUGCUAGAGGCACAGGUCAAGCCGGGCACACACAGGAUGAUGGCUGUGAGGGCACCGCUGGCCGAGAUCAAGAAGAUCGCCAACGGGAUGCCCUUCGAGGUCGCCUGCAUCAACGGGCCCAAGGAGACGGUGCUGAGCGGGCCCUCGCAAGACCUGGAGGCAGUGCAAACGCGGCUGCAGGAGGCCGGGCACAAGGGCAUCAUGCUGGACGUCCCCUACGCCUUCCACUCGUCCCAGACGGACCCCAUCCUCGGCGAGUUCGAGGGCCUGGCCGAGUCCAGCGUCAUCUUCCAGGCGCCCAAGCUCCCCGUCAUCUCGCCCCUGCUGGGCAAGGUCGUGUUCGACGAGAAGACGCUCAACGCGCAGUACAUGCGGCGCGCCACGCGCGAGUGCGUCGACUACGUCAGCGCCCUCGAGAAGGCCGCCGGCCUCUCCGUCAUCGACAACGGCACGCUCUGGGUCGAGAUCGGCCCGCACCCCGUGUGCGUCAACUUCAUCAAGGCGUCGCUGCCCGCCGUGGGCGCCGCCGUGCCCUCGCUCCGCCGCGACGAGGACAACUGGGCGACCAUGGCACAGGCGCUGGCCUCGCUGCACAGUGCCGGUGCGUCGAUCGACUGGCAGGAGUUCCACCGCCCGUUCGAGGCUGGUCUGCGCCUGUUGGACCUGCCGACCUAUGCCUGGAACUACAAGAACUACUGGAUCAUGUACAAGGGCGACUGGGCGUUGACCAAGGGAAACACGUACUAUGAUGCGCAGAAGAAGGCCGCCGCUGCCAGGGAGGCUCAGCUUGCUCUUCCUCCCGCGCCCAUUUCGGACUUGAAGACCUCGUCUGUGCAGGGGAUCGUCGAGGAAAGCUUUGAUGGCCGCGCUGGCAAGGUUGUCAUGCAGUCCGAUCUCAUGGAGAAGGACCUCCUGGCCGCAGCCUAUGGCCAUAAGAUGAACGGAUGCGGUGUCGUGACAUCGUCGAUCCACGCAGACAUUGCAUACACGCUGGGAUCGUAUCUAUACGAGAAGCUCGUCCCGGGUGCCAAAUGCAGCCCGGCAUCAAUCAACAUGUCGGAUUUGCAGGUCACCAAGGGACUGGUAGCACAGAAGAACACCAAGAUCUCGCAGGUAUUCCAAGUCACCAUCUCCACCGAGGACAUUAGCACCGGCAAAGCAACCCUCACCUGGGAGAACAUAAGCCGCUCUACAGGCGUGUCCAAGGAUGAGGAGCCCUUCGCCACUGCCCAAGUCCACUUUGGCGACUCCAAGGCGUGGCUCGAGUCCUGGGUCCCAUACGCCCACCUCGUGCUCGGGCGCAUCCAGGCGCUCGAGGCCGCCGCGGCCGCCCACCACGCGACGACCAACCGCUUCUCGCACACCAUGGCCUACCGCCUGUUCGCCAGGAACCUGGUCGACUACGCGCCCAAGUACCGCGGGAUGCAGUCCGUCGUCGUGGACGGCCUCGAGGCGUUCGCGGACGUCAGGCUCACCACCGAGGCCGCGGGCAGCUGGACGGUGCCGCCGUACUUUAUCGACUCGGUGGCGCACCUGGCCGGGUUCGUGAUGAACGUCUCGGACGCCGUGGACACGGAGGCCAAGUACAGCGUCACGCCCGGGUGGCAGUCGAUGCGCUUUGCCAAGUCGCUCGUCGCGGGGGCGUCGUACCGCUCCUACGUCAAGAUGAUCCCCACGGCCCAGGACCCGACCGUCUACCUGGGGGAUGUGUACGUGCUGCAGGACGACGCCGUCGUUGGUCUCGUGGCGGGCAUACAGUUCCGCCAGUACCCGCGCAUCCUGCUCAACCGUUUCUUCUCGGCUCCCGACGAGGCCGCGGCGGCCGCCCCGGCGGCACCUGUGAAGAAACAGGCUGUGGUUGUCCGAGAGGUUGCCGUGGCGCCAGCGAGCAAGGCCACAGCUGUCAUCACAACCACGCUUCCCGUGCUGCCAGAGAAGCAAGAUGUUCAGCCUGCGGUUGUCAUCUCCACCCCGGCGCCUGCCCCGGCAGCGCCGGCACCAGCUGUGACCGUCCAAGUAGCUGACACCGACAGCGUCGCGGCCAAGGCUGUCUCUCUGAUUGCCAGAGAGGCAGGCCUCGACACGGCCGACUUUGACGACGGCGCCAGUUUCGCUGAGCUUGGUAUUGAUAGUCUGAUGAGCCUGGUGAUUUCGGAGAAGUUCCGCGAAGAGCUCGGCAUUGCUGUGUCGGGCAGCCUGUUCCUCGAAUACCCGACGAUUGGGGAUCUCAGGAGCUGGCUGUUGGAGUACUACAGUUAG